UCACCCCAGCAGAUCGACUGAUUUAUAUACCUACGGAUCGACACUUCGAUCCAUCAUCUGCCCAAGAUGCGGCACAUUACCUGGACUCCAUUCCUUUUAAUAUCGAUCAUAAUCUGCUCGAUUUCUACAGCCUGGAGCAUUCCAACCUUCUCCCUUCGAAAGCGUAUCCCCCCGGUGCUUAGCGACUUACCUCCCGUACGUCACACAGGAGAUCCACAGCAGAGAAGCAGUCUCAGCAGCUGGCUUCAACUACAAGAGCCUGGUAUGGGUAACGCUCAUCCUAAGAUCGUCAUGCCUCCGUCAGGAAAUUCCGGCAAGGGCGCCAAAGACCCCAAGGAUGCCAACCAGAAUAACCCCAUCAUAUCCGAUGUCCUUCCGAAGACACGCGCCAUUAAUAUCUUUGCACGGCUCACGCGUGAUUUCGAGUCUGUUGAAUCGCGUCUAAGUGAUCCCUCGAAGAACUUGACGGUCCUGGCGCCUCGGAAUGGUGCAAUCAUGGAUCUGCCUCGCAAGCCCUGGGAGAACCCCGAUGAUUACGCGCAAUUCGGAGAGGCAAAUGCAUAUGAAGGGGAAGAGGGACAGGACCGGGCUAAGCGUAAUUUGAAGCGCUUUGUUGAAGCUCAUAUUGUCACUGUCAGUCCUUGGGAGGAAGGAGAUGAAGCGGAGACCCUCGCGGGGGAUAAGCUGCGCUGGACGAAGGAUGGCGAUAAGAUCUAUAUCCAACCUGGCAACGUCGAAGUCGAGAGCAUUGCGGAGCAAGUAUCGAACGGCGAGGUGUGGAUCCUCAACGGCGUUAUAAAUUAUCGUUGAUCUAUGCUGGUAAUGACUUAUGAUGCGACGUAUUUGCUUGGCUUUAUUUGACUUUAUUUUCUUAUACAUAUUUGAUAUUAUUGCGCGUGACGUUCUUUUAUGUACUAUGCAACUAUGAUAUGAACUUGGCAGACCUAGAGAAGCUGCGCCUUAGAUACCACUAUCGCACUAUUCUUCAUUAUCGUUCGAUAUGUCGAAGCGUCAACAUGUUUCUAGAUCUUUUGAAACUGAAAGGAGUAUAUAGAACAGGAAAACAGCCGAGU